AUGGCCCAGAAAACAUUUGAAAAAUCAACACUGACAUCACUGUUGGAAUACGCUAGGUCUUCUGCAAAACAGGAAAAGAAAGUCAUAUGCAGAGCAACAGUUGCUAGCAUAAACACCAGAAAUGGUUGGAAUUAUGUGGCGUGUGGAAGAUGCUCAAAAAAACUUGUCCGUGGACUAUCUUCAUUCACUUGUACAACUUGCAACGACACUAACGCCAUAGGUGUUUUAACAUUCAGAGUGGACUUGGUAGUUGUUGAUGCCGGAGAGAAAACUAACUUUGUGAUUUUCGACAGAGACACUCGCAAAUUGACUAACACAACUGCUGAAGAUAUUAACGAGGCCAGGGCGGGUGAUAACGGAUCGAACCGCAACAAUAUUCCCCCAUGCAUAACUGACUUGGUUGGAAAGACAAUGGAUUUUCAAGUAAAAAUCACAAACUUCAACUUCAAAUCAUCCUUCCAAUCCUUCACCGUGUCAAGGGUACUUCGUGAAAUAAAUAGGAGCCACGCUGAGGAAGUAAUCACAGAAGAAAUACUCAACCCUAAUCUGUCUGACCUGACAUACAACAUCAACGACAUCGAAAAGGAAUCAAUCCCGGUGGGAGAAACACUUGUUUAUGCUGAAGUACUAUCGGAAAGCACACACACGCAC